AUGACUCCAUGGGACUGGAUUGACAUAAGUAAUUGUAUAUUUUCCGUUAUAGCGUGUGUAUUUUUAACCGUGUGUUACGUAGCAAGUCUCUAUGUCUGGAGAUCAAGGGAAAACAGAGACCACCCCACCACUAUUAAGAAAAGAUUCUUCAGUGUAUUUGUCAUGAUGAUGCUUGCACCGUUAUUUACAUACUACUUCCUUAAUGAACAAAUUGAUAGGGAAGAAAUGUAUGUAAAAAUGGGGUUACGUGAAGAAGGUUUUGUGCAAGCACUUAUUCUACCAUUGUCCCUGACUAUUAUUUUAUUCUUGGGACCUUUGUCCAUGCAACUUUUUUCUGGGGCAUGGCGAAUAUACAUAGAACCAAUGUAUUGGAUAUCUUGUUGGCAAGAUUUAGUGUGGGUAAGGAAUCAUAUAAUGGCACCUUUGAGUGAAGAGUGGGUGUUUAGAGCUUGCAUGAUGCCUCUGUUGCUGCAAUGUUUGAAACCAAUGUCAGCAGUUUUUAUAGGUCCGCUACUUUUUGGAAUUGCACAUUUUCAUCAUGUAUUUGAACAAAUAAAGGCUGGAUAUGAAAUGAAGACUGCACUUAUUGUAUCUACUUUUCAAUUUACAUACACCUCAAUGUUUGGUGCUUACUCAUCCUAUCUGUUCUUGAGAAGCGGACAUUUUAUUGCACCUUUAAUGGCUCAUAUAUUUUGCAAUCAUAUGGGCUUCCCUAACUUUGCUGACGUCACAUUGUUUCCGCCAAUAGAGAGAUUUAUAAUCAUUUGUAAUUAUUUAUUAGGAUUUAGUUUAUGGUGCUACCUUUUAAACCCAAUGACGAGCCCAGAUCUGUAUGACAAUAAAAUACAAUUUGCUACUUGA